GUGACCAAGGACUGUCAAGCUUACAUUGAGAAGAGAGGUUUCAUCACAGUGCCUCUCAGUAAGGAGGAGAAAGACUUUCCCAUUGCCUACUCCAUGGUGAUCCAUGAGAAGAUUGAGAUGUUUGAGCGUCUUCUACGAGCUAUCUACACUCCUCAGAACAUUUACUGUGUGCAUGUGGACCAGAAAUCCACAGAGGAAUUUCAGAAGGCUGUAGAAGCAAUUGUGUCCUGCUUACCUAAUGUGUUUGUGGCCAGUAAAUUAGAAAGAGUCGUGUAUGCCUCGUGGUCGAGGGUGCAGGCAGAUCUGAACUGUAUGAAAGAUCUGUUGGGGUCACACAUCCAGUGGAGAUACCUGCUUAACACCUGUGGGACUGACUUCCCUAUCAAAACCAAUCGGGAGAUAGUUCAGACUCUGAAAUUCCUUAAUGGGAGAAACAGCUUGGAAACUGAGGUCACCAAUGACUACAAGAAAAGACGCUGGCAGAAAAGCCCCCCUCCAAUUCCGAGCCCCAUGUUCUCAGGAAAUGCCUACUUUGUGGUAACAAGGGCCUUUGUGAAACACGUUAUGCAGGACAGAGAGAUCCAGAAAUUCAAGGAGUGGGAGGAGGACACAUACAGCCCUGAUGAGCACUUUUGGGCCACUUUACAGAGGAUGCCCUCCGUUCCUGGAGCCAUGCCUGCUAAUGACAAGUAUGACAUGUCAGACAUGCGAGCCCUCGCUCGUGUGGUGAAGUGGAGCUAUUUAGCAGGAGAUGUGAAAAAAGGAGCCCCAUACUAUCCAUGCACAGGGGCAUAUAGAAGAGCAGUUUGUGUGUAUGGAGCUGGGGACCUCCAGUGGCUCCUGAGGCAACACCACAUCUUUGCAAAUAAGUUUGAUCCAGAGAUAGAUGACAUUGCCAUUAGAUGUUUGGAGUCAGUUCUGUAUCUUAAAGCUUUAGGCCAUGAACCACUGCUAACAGAACAAUAUUCAAACAAUCUGUAA